ACUGCUUAGAGGUGGGGGGAGUGGCCAGGAGUGUGUUGGGUUGUCUUAGCGCUGCCCGCGUUCGCGCCGCAGCUGCCUGGGCAGGGAAGGCGCGAUUGUGAAACUUCGCCCUGCCUGCUGACCUGGCUCAAGCCGGAUUCUUGCCCGGAACCCUAGCCUGAGGGGUGUGGUACCCGGUGCUCCAGCCCUUUACUUGGGUCCUUUGAUUCCCCCCUGAUUCCAGAAGUCCCCUGUCCCUUCCUUGGAGUGAAGCCCGGCCCGGCUUCCCAGUGUCCCCUCAAGCCCCCGCCAUGGGCAACACAAGUAGCGAGCGCUCCACGCUGGAGCGACAGGGUGGUCAGAAGACGCCCCGAAGGGAUAGCUCGGGGGGCACCAAGGAUGGGGACAGGCCCAAGAUCUUGAUGGACAGCCCGGAGGACGCCGAUCUCUUCCACUCCGAGGAAAUCAAGGCUCCAGAAAAGGAGGAAUUCCUGGCCUGGCAGCAUGACCUGGAAGUAAAUGACAAAGCUCCUGCCCAGGCUCGCCCAACCGUGUUUCGAUGGACAGGGGGUGGAAAAGAAGUGUACUUAUCUGGGUCCUUCAACAACUGGAGUAAACUUCCGCUCACGAGAAGCCACAAUAACUUUGUAGCCAUCCUGGACCUGCCGGAAGGGGAGCAUCAGUACAAGUUCUUUGUGGACGGCCAGUGGACACACGACCCUUCUGAGCCGAUAGUAACCAGCCAGCUUGGAACAGUCAACAACAUCAUUCAAGUGAAGAAAACCGACUUUGAAGUAUUUGAUGCCUUAAUGGUGGAUUCCCAGAAGUGCUCCGAUGUGUCUGAGCUGUCCAGUUCCCCACCGGGACCCUACCACCAGGAGCCCUACGUCUCCAAACCAGAGGAACGGUUUAAGGCGCCGCCCAUCCUUCCCCCACACCUGCUCCAGGUCAUCCUGAACAAGGACACGGGCAUCUCUUGUGAUCCAGCUUUGCUUCCAGAGCCCAACCACGUCAUGCUGAAUCACCUUUACGCACUUUCCAUCAAGGAUGGAGUGAUGGUGCUCAGCGCAACCCACCGGUACAAGAAGAAGUAUGUCACCACCUUGUUGUACAAGCCCAUAUGAGGAGCUGCGAGCCAGCGGUGGCCCAGGGAGCAGUGCACCGCCAGCUGCACGCGUGCCUGCCUCCCGCCGGAGGGAGUGGACUGUCACUUCCCCGUUUCACACUCUCUAGAAGCCAUUUCAUACCCUCCCCAGUCCUCCCUGCAGGUCUGCUCCAGGUCCAGCAGCUCCCGAAGCGCCUCGGUCUGUGGUAGUCGGCUCAACCCCCAGCGACCGAGAACGGAGUGGAGGGCAGGCGGCCCGCAGCCGCCCCGCAGGGCGAGAGGGGCACAGCUCAAGUACACGGCCACCGAGCUGGCCGUGAAGAUUUUUCUGAAGCCAAAAACAAACACUAGCCACUUUGGUAGCAAAAGUCUGGGGAGCAGGAUCCAGGCCACACAGAAUUUCUAAUUUUAUGUCUGUUUUUAAGGCCAUCAGCUUGUCCCUGUUGAGGCCUGGCUGUGGCACUAACAAGUACAACGUUGGUGUUCUCUGUCCUUUGAAGUCAGAGCCAUCUUGUCUCCUGUUCUGUGCUCCAGUGAGGUCUACUUUCUAUAGAAAUUAGAGCCUGUCUGAGUUCCAGGGGAAGUUUUACAAUUGUUAUUUACGUUUAUGUACACCAAGUUUCGCUUUGUUUUUAACCAGAGGUGGCUGACUAUACAGCCCUAGGCAGUUUUCUACUCGUCCCAACUAGAAUAUAGAUCAUGUGCCAGGCUGCUCGGCAGUAGCCUAUUCUCAGAACAGACUUUGGGAACCUGCUGCCGGACUUCUCCAUUAAGCCGCGUGUUCCUGCGGACCGGCCACAGUUAGCUGGGAGGUCAGCCAGCUAUUUCUUACCAGAACGUGGUGAUGGUGUUACCAUGAAAACUCCGGAGACCUGGCCUGUGCCACCUUGCGCAGGACCUCUGCCCGCACCCGGCAAAGGCCGUAGCAGCUGCUGUUGCUUAUUCCAUAAGGAACUUAGAACUCGACGGCAGCCUUCUAAAUCUCUGUCAGGAAGACAUCCUUUGGACCAAAGCAAACUUCUGCACUCGGCUUAGUUUCCAUGGAGAUGCCACAGAUGUUCCCAUUAGUGCAGGUUCCUGUCCCCAAGUCAACAGAAGCUGUCAUUGUGCCCUCUGUUCCUGCUGGAGAGGGAGGGACAAGCUUCCUGGUUUCCAGUCCUUGUUUGGUAAACCCGAAUCUGGGAUACUCUGUUUUGCUACUGUUUUCAAAACACUGAAUUGUUAGCAACUUGAUAUACAAGUUUCAAUAAAGCUUUUUAAAGAUAAUGGGACAUGCACUUAGAGAAAGCU